UUUGUAAAAAAUUAUUAUUCAUUAAUUAUUAAGUUUUGCUUAUUUAGGUAUAAAAUGAAUAAAAUAAGGUUUGUAAUCAUUGACUUUGAAUUUGGUAUGUAUAACAAAUUUGAUUUAGUAUUAAUCUCUGGUGCCAUUGGCGGUAGCCGGGAUCUAGAAUUAAUUUUGCAUUUGGAAGGAACGCCAUUAAUAUUAGGAAAUAAUACAACUAAGUUAUUAGACAAUCAGGUAGAACCACUCAAAGACAGAAUGAAAUGGAUCUUUAGGAAAAAAAAAGAAAAAUUAACUCCACUUUUUGCAGAAUUAAGAAUUAGUACGAAAUUGGGUAUUAACAAUAGAAUUUUAGACUUAAAUGGCGAAGACUUAAAUAAAAAUGGCUUUUUUACAUUAACUAUUAAGGAUAACCUUGGUAAUUUAUUAUUUGGGAUUGAUUUGGGUUAUUUUAAAAAAAAUGGGCACCUACUUAAAUUAGAAGAGGCACAUAGAAUAAUAUGUGAUAAAAAGCAUGGUCUACCUCAUAUACCUGAAGUUGACGUAGCCAUGACUAGGUGUCUCUUCAAUUUUGCAAUAGUUAAUUUAGGAGAAAAAUUUUUAAUACCAAAUUUAACUUAAUAUGAUGUUCUUUUAUUUAAUUUUUAGAAUGU